AUGCACGCCAGGGUGCUGCUGCUCAGGCGGAUCAGGGGGCGUUGGGUGCCAGCCGCGGGGGAGUGGGGGGUGUUGCCGUUUCCGGUGAGGCGCCGUCUUGGUCUCGAUGGCACCGGACGCUGGGGAUUCAGCAGCUACGCCGUGGAGCAGUUCUCGGAUGACGAGUACGAGUGCGAUUUCGAGAACCAGAAGGUGGAAUCUCUCCCUUCGCAUUCUAUGUAGGAAUGAGGGUGAAUACGCUCUUUAUUGAUUCUUUUUCGAAGCGGAUUGAUUGCUGACUUUUUUGCUAAUGCUGGGGGGUAGCCGUCGUCGUCUGUGGCCAACAUCGACGAGUGGAGGUGGAAGCUCAGCUUGCUCUUGCGCAGCACGGACGAGCAGGAGAUUGUUUCCAGAGACAAGAGAGACAGGCGUGACUAUGAGCAGAUUGCCAGCCUCACCCAGAGAAUGGGUCUUUACAGGUUCGGUGUCAUAUGCAACGAUACGUAUUUCCACUUAAAAGAAACGAAUGGGAACCAUCUGAAUUUUUCUCUUUGAAAUUUCCGUAUAUUUGAUCUUUUUUUUAGUGAGCAAUACGGCAAAGUGGUUGUUGCUAGUAAGGUUCCUCUGCCUAAUUAUAGACCGGACCUCGAUGAUAAGCGGCCUCAGAGAGAGGUGAGGAUCUUGUAUGGAUGUUUAGUUGGAAUCUGACUCCGUUUUGAUAUGUUUGGCCACUAAUGUUUUGUGUUAAGUAGGUUACAAUCCCUCUUAGCUUGCAAAGGAGGGUUGAGGCUCUACUUCAGGAACAUCUUGAUAGAAUGGAGUUAGCUUCGGUGAGAGAAAACAACAGUUUACUAGAUAGUUCUGCCGUCAAGGGUGCUGAGGAUUUAAACUUGAUGGAGAACCGAGAACCAGGGAAUGAUGCUUCAGUGAUGGAAAAGAUUCUUCAGAGGAGGAGCUGGCGCUUGCUCAACCUUCAGAGGUCCUGGCAGGUCAAGUAUUUGCUUUUGCUGUUUACUCUUUUCAAGAAAUAAGAUAUGUCUCAUUUAUCAUUUGACUGUGUGAUGAUCUUUUAUUAUUUUCUCGCGUUUAUCAUAAAAAUGGCAGUGCCUACAUGCCAACUUUCUACACAUCGUACCAAAUGGAAGUCCUCCAGUCCAUGUUCCAAAAUAUGGUUGCUUGUAGUGUUACAGAGUUUUGGUCCGAAUAAGAUCGUUUCUCUAACUUUUCCUGCAACUCUUACUGCUUAUAAAGAUGAAGAAGGCAUUUCUUUAACGUUCGAUAGCUCUCAAGCACGUUUGUGAUUCCUCUGGUUUUGAUAUUUCCUAGCAGGGAUAGUUUUCAGUGUCUGUUCAUACUAAAAUAUUGAAGCUACGAUUUUCGGUUAUCUCAGGAGUCACCAGAGGGUAUGAAGAUUUUAAAUUUUAGAAGAUCUCUUCCUGCAUACAAGGAGAAGGAGAUGCUACUUUCUGCCAUUGCACGGAAUCAGGUUUUCUUUUGGAGCUGAAAAUCUUUCCUCGCACUCUAGCCGGGUAUUUUUCAGCUAAUCAUGUUGAUGCGCAUUCAGUCUCAUGAUCAGCGUUGUUUUUGUCCCCUUUUUCGACUCUUAGUUAAGAAAGCAAAAUGUUUCCGCUAAUCAUGGUCUGCUUUCAGUGUGUGUAUAGCAAUAAAUGUUAACAUGUCAAUUAAUUAAGGCUCCUUUUUUGGCAGAUUGUGGGCAACGAAAAUCCCUAUCCUACAAAAGCAAAGUGUUUCCACUAAUCAUGAUCAGCUGUUCAGUGCAUUUAUGACAAUAAAUCUGAACAUGCCAAUUAAGAAAGUUUCCUUUUUUAAAUUUGUAGUUCUGUUUAGUAAGCAUUGAUAGUUAUGGCUUAAAUGAAGUCUUAGUGAUCUUUUGUUUCGACCAGAACAAGAUAGUUUUCUCAGGAUUAUUCCGAGUAUAACAGGAAAACACGCUUCCAGCUAUCAUGAAAUAUCAAGGAAAAAAAAGUAUGGCUGAUAUUUUGUACUAUUUCAGGGAAUGUUCAGAGUCAUAGGCCUCUCCUCUCCUUAAAUAUUUGCUUUCUGGCCGUUAGAUGUUUGAAGAUGUGCUAAUAAUGUUUUUAUGUGUAACUGGCAGGUCGUAGUAAUUUCUGGGGAGACUGGGUGUGGUAAAACUACUCAACUUCCCCAGUAUGUUUUAGAAUCGGAAAUAGAAUCUGGGCGUGGAGCAUUCUGCAACAUCAUCUGCACCCAGCCGAGGAGGAUAUCUGCGAUGGCUGUGGCGGAGAGAGUUUCGACGGAAAGAGGAGAAACUUUGGGUGAUAUGGUAAGGUUUUUCUAAUUGGGGCUUUUCUCUCAUAUCUUCUUACACGAUCUAUGGGAAAUCAGUGGAUUUUUGUGCUGGAAAACUCAAUUAUGACCUUUUCUUCCUUCUAGGUUGGCUACAAAGUCCGAUUGGAAGGAAUGAAAGGGAAAAACACACAUCUACUUUUCUGCACCAGUGGUAUUUUGCUUAGAAGGUUGUUGGGUGACCGUAAUCUUGAUGGUAUUACUCAUGUCUUCGUUGAUGAAAUCCAUGAACGUGGAAUGAAUGAAGGUAAUGCUAGCAUUGAGUUAUUUUUUGUUGUUAUAGUGCCCUUAACUGCAUUUUAAUGGAUCAAAUUGUUUUUUCACAGAUUUCUUACUGAUUGUUUUGAAGGAUCUUCUACCACGUCGUCGGGAUUUAAGACUCGUUUUGAUGAGUGCUACAUUGAAUGCUGAACUGUUUUCGAACUUUUUUGGAGGGGCUCCAACAAUUCAUAUUCCUGUGAGUUUUUUCAAUGUAUUCACGAAAUUUUACACAUGGGAAUAAGCCGGAGCUUCCAUCUGUCUAAUGAUAUUGGUUAUCUUCUUUUUGUUUUGUUUUGUUUUGUCUUUUGGAUCGUGCAUCUGCUUUCUCGGAUUCAUGGACUAAAAUAAUUUUGCAAAGAUGAAGAGGAAAUUUGAACGGGGCUUAUUCACGUUCUAUUUCUUGUAAUACGUAGUAUUGAAAUUUCCUCAUGAAGAAUCACGUGGGGAACUAACUAGGAGCACACUAGGCAAUCCCUUUGAAACUCUAGAGUUGGUUGUCUUACCCUGUGAAUUUACUAUCCAGUUCCCAUCAACCUGAGCUUUAAGGCCGGCAGUGUCUGAUGCAACUGCUGUGACCUUCGUACUGCUGCUGGAUCCUUACGAGGGUGGUCUAUUUCUUUGCUGUACAUUUUUUGGAGUCCUUUUUGUUUUGCAUAACUUUUCUCUUCUCUUCCAUGAGGGUGGUUUUUCAUCUGGUUGGGUGUGCAAGCUUGUGCAGGUGGGAUAGGCAUUACACUCACAUGAUCUUUUUAGUUUUCUAAUCCUUAAGGUGGCUGAAGCUUAAAAUUUUGCCAUGAUUCUUGAAGAGAAAGAGAGAGAGAGAGAGAGAGAGAGAGAGAGAGAGAGAGAGAGAGAGAGAGAGAGAGAGAGAGAAUAUCAAAACGAGGCAAUAGCAUGCAAAUUAUUAUAUAAUUUGUGUCUGAUUAUUCAUAAUUAGUACCAUAAAAUCAGCGACCAAUUUUCUUUUAUACGCAUUUAUAAAGGCCCCGAAUUUUCUGGGUCUCAUUUCUAAUGACUCUGCAGUGGUUUAUAAUUGGAUUGGCAGGUACACUGCACCAUGCUCUAAUGCACGCUCAUGAUCUAAUUUUUUUUUUUGCUUUAUUUCGAUUUUUCUCUGGGUAGAAUUUCUCUUUUGACCGAUUUCCUGGAGAGGUAUGCUGAGUCUAGCCUCAAAUUUUGGAUGUUACCAUGCUUUUUAUCAUUAAAAAUUUGUCGGCAAGUUGGUCUUUUUUUCCUUGUAAAAGGAGAGGUGGAAUUAAAGAAUCAUGCAUGGGUGCGAUAUUCAGUCGAUGUGCAAGGGACAGGUCAAGGGGUAAAAAUAGGCUUUGUGCAUACUGAACGCAAAACCCAUCUGAUAAAUUAUUUAAUUCGUUGUUUUAAAACAUUGGACCAGGCCAAAUUCUCAGGUCAAGAAGAAGAAAACGUGUGGCCUUUAUGGUUUGAUGGUCCGUCUGAAAACCUUGUUCUUUUCUCGGAGUAUCAAGCACAUCAUGAGUUAAUGUCCCGUGCAAAUCAAUUUGCAUUAGUUGGUGUUUGUUACUGUCAUGUGUGGUCUUAUAGAUCGUGUGUUUCUUUGCUGAUCAUGUUGCUUCUUUCUCGUAUUUAUUAAACUAUCUAGUAACUGACCUGAUGAUUUUUACUAUUCAGUAAUGAAUUUAUUCUCCCUUUGACACGUCAGGGUUUUACAUAUCCUGUGAGAUCGCAGUUUUUAGAAGAUGUGCUGGAGAAAACAGGGUAUAAACUGAGUCAAUUCAAUCAAAUUGAUGAUUACGGCCAAGAUAAGCUGUGGAAAACACAGAAGCAACUUGCACCACGGAAACGGAAAAAUAAGAUUACUGCUCUAGUCGAGGUCGAGUGCUGCUUUCCCCCAUUCUUGUGGAUUGUGGCUCUGCUGAUUCACAUUUUCACAGUAACGUUCUUAAUAUGCAGGAUUCUCUUAAAGGGUCAAGCUUUGAUGGGUAUAGCCCUAGUGUUCGUGAUUCUUUGUCUUGUUGGGCCCCCGACUCUAUAGGGUUUAAUCUCAUCGAAGCUGUUCUGUGUCACAUAUGCCGGAAGGAAAGACCAGGUGCUGUGUUGGUGUUCAUGACGGGCUGGGAUGAUAUUAGCUGCUUAAGAGAUCAGCUGAAGGCCCAUCCUCUUUUAGGGGACCCAAACAGGGUCCUGUUACUCACAUGCCAUGGAUCAAUGGCUACCUCUGAACAGGUAAGCCAUGGCGUUCAAAGUUGUGGGUCUUAUGUUCCUUACUCAAUUUAGCCAUUUCUUGUUUUUAAGUACACUUUUAUUACCGUAUAUCUUCAAUUAUGGCCACAUAUUUGCCCAUGGAUAAGAGCGUUCAUUUCAGGAUAAAACGAACAGAAUCAUCAAUGUCUUUGUUGUAGUACUGCUAGGACUCUUCUCUAGUGCCUGCAAUUAUGACGGGCUGUACGUUGAUAGUUCCUCUCUCUCUCUCUCUCUCUCUCUCGCUCGUUCUAUAUACUUAAAUGUUAGCUUGGCUUCAUCUGCAGAGACUUAUAUUUGAGAAACCACGGCCUAAUGUACGGAAAAUUGUUCUUGCCACGAACAUGGCCGAGGCAAGCAUUACAAUCAAUGAUAUUGUCUUUGUGGUGGAUUGCGGAAAAGCAAAGGAGACAACAUACGAUGCGUUGAACAACACACCAUGUCUCCUGCCUUCGUGGAUAUCCCGAGCUUCUGCUCGCCAGGUGAGAUGCUUUAAUUGAUCUUACAUUUUCUUCCUGUGUAAUUUCUUCAUUUUGAUAUCUCUAAAUCAAGAGCUCGUUGAAUCAAAUAUCACCUAAUUAUCUUGGCCUUUGGCCGAUUAAUGGCUCAUUUAGUUGUUGUACAUGUUUUUUUUUUAUCUGUAUAAUUUCUUCACAUAGGCAUCUCACCACCAGGGUUCUUCAAAUCAAAUAGACAUGCUCCUUCCCAGGAUCUCUCUGUGUUCUUCGUUCGAUUAAUGCUAUAAUCACUACAGGUGCUUAAUACCUAUGAUAAUGGUGCACCAUUCCAUCAUUCUCGCAUUAUUACUUCUUCAAUCAAGAUUGUAUCAAAUGGGCUCAUCUUGUCGUCAUAUUGACAGAGAAGGGGAAGAGCUGGUCGCGUCCAGCCUGGAGAAUGCUACCAUCUCUACCCACGAUGCGUGUACGAAGCUUUUGCAGAGUACCAGCUCCCAGAGCUUCUGAGAACUCCACUGAACUCCCUCUGCCUGCAAAUAAAAAGCUUGCAGCUCGGGACGAUUGGGGAGUUCUUAUCAGCCGCCCUGCAACCCCCCGAGCCGCUGGCCGUGAGUUUUGAUGGAUCUGCUCUCUUCUAUAUUAGCCACUGAAGGAAAGAAAAGGAAAGGGAGGGAGGGAGGGAGGUAGGAAGAGGGGGGUUGGGGUGCGGGGUUUAGUGGGUGAUGGGUCUGCUCUCGCUAUUGUUUCGAGGAGACCGUUCUUGAUCUCAAGGACUUUGUCGUGUGAGACUGAUGAACUCGCCUCGCCUCCUGCAGGUCCAGAAUGCUGUGGACUUUCUGAAGACAAUAGGUGCAUUAGAUGAGAGAGAAAACCUGACCAAUCUAGGUAAAAGUCCACGGUUUCUGAUCUUCACCAAGCUGGCCUUGGGUUGCUGAUUUUUAUCUGGGAUUUAUUUCUCUCCUACCCUGAAUCAGGGAAGUACCUCUCGAUGCUCCCCGUCGAUCCGAAGCUGGGCAAGAUGCUCGUGAUGGGGGCCGUAUUCAGCUGCGUCGAUCCCGUCCUCACCAUAGUCUCUGGGCUGAGCGUGCGGGACCCGUUCUUGCUCCCCCAGGACAAGAAAGAUGUAAGAACCCACAUUCCACUUCUUUUUCUUUUUUUUAUUUUUUUUCUGGGUCAUAGAUGAUUACCAUAUAUAGAAUUUUAGAGAGAGAGAUGGAUCGUAUCUAUCUAGAUUGUUGUGGGUCUCUUUGGCAGCUGGCGGGUUCGGCAAAGUCAAGAUUCUCCUCUAAGGAUUACAGCGACCACAUGGCGCUGGUUCGGGCAUACGAGGGGUGGAAGGCGGCAGAGAGAGAAGGAUCGGGUUAUGAGUAUUGCUGGAGGAACUUCCUCUCGGCCCAGACUCUGCAGGCCAUCCACUCUCUCCGGCGGCAGUUCAGCUUCAUAUUGAAGGACUCCGGGUUGAUGGAGGCCACCUGCAACAGCCUGAGCCACAACCAGUCCCUCGUCCGGGCGGUCAUCUGCUCCGGCCUCUACCCUGGCAUCUCUUCGGUCGUCGUGAGUGUCUCCAUGUUUCUCUUUCUUAGUCUCUCUGUUUCUCUCUCUACAGCUUGAGGAUUUUAUUCCAUGGCGAUGGUGUGUGCAGCACAGGGAGAGCUCCAUGUCCUUCAAGACCAUGGAUGACGGCCAGGUUCUUCUUUAUGGGGUAAGUUCCUGCGUUGACAUCCUUUUACUAAUCCUGUUCUUGGUUGAUACUUUGGGGGGGAGAGCGAGAGAGAGGGGUAGUUCCUGCGUUGACUUCCUUUUACAUAUCCUUUUCUGGUUUAAUCUUUGGUGGGUAGUCCAUGCUUGGUCGGUACUGGGGGGGAGAGAGAGAGAGAGAGUAGGUUCCUGCGUUGACCUUUUACAGAUCUAGUUCUCGGUCGAUAUGUGGGGGUGAUGUAGGAGAGUUGAUCGCUGAGUUUGUGCGGUCAGAUGCUUUUGAAGAAAUGAAUCCGGAAGAAUUUGACAGUGGGUUGUCGUCAGAACUCUGUGAACGCCAGGUACCAGACGAUUCCCUACCCGUGGCUGGUGUUCGGGGAGAAAGUCAAGGUCAACGCCGUCUUCCUCCGCGACUCCACCGGCAUCUCCGACUCCAUCCUUAUCCUUUUCGGCGGCACCCUCGCCGACGGGCACAUGGUCAGCUCAAACCCGCCCACUGCCACUGCCGCCACAACCUUCCGUUGACUUCUCAUCUCUCUUCAACUCUUCUCUCAGCCGGGGCAUCUGAAGAUGCUGAACGGGUACGUGGAGUUCUUCAUGGAGCCCAGCCUCGCCGACUGCUACAAGAACCUGAAGAAAAAUCUCGAUGACCUCCUCCAGAGGAAGGUGACGAUCCCCCCACCCGUUGACUGGCCGCCUCCGCCACCACCUGAAACUAUAUAUAACCCACCUCCUCUUAUCCGGUGGCGGCGCAGCUGGAAGAUCCAAGUAGCCUCGACAUCCACGAGGAGGGCAAGUACCUCAUACUUGCUGUCCAGGAGCUCGUCUCUGGCGACCUCUGUGAGGGGCGGUUUGUCUUCGGCAGAGAAGCACGGCGGGCGCAAAGGACCACCACCACCGGCGGCGCCGCCGGUGGAGACGGUGGUGCCGCCGCGGAGAGGGUGAACCCAAAGUGCGUGCUGCAGACGCUGCUGAUGAGGGCCGGGCAUGGGCCGCCGAGGUAUAAGACAAAGCAUCUGAAGACGAACGAGUUCAGGGCGCUGGUGGAGCUGAAGGGAAUGCAGUUUGUGGGGAAGGCGAAGAAGAGCAAGCAGAUGGCGGAGAGGGAUGCUGCCAUUGAGGCGCUGGCGUGGCUCACCCACACGUCGGGGAGGCAGGGCGGCGGCGGCGGCGGCGGCGGCGGCGGUGGCGGUGGCAGCGGGGAGGAGGACUCGACGCCGGAUGUCACCGAGAACAUGCUCAAGCUGCUGGGGAAGCCGCGGCGGCGGCGGGCCGGUCGCCGCCAGGGCUGA